GAAUCUUCUCUUUUGCUUUUCUUUGUGAAGAUAUAUGACUUCACUUUAUGACCAUAAAACAAAAGAGAAGAUAAAUGGAUGAAAAUUAUGUGCAUUCUUUAAUUAAUUAUGAACUGUUGGUUUGUGAAGUGAUGCAGAGUGAGUUUUGGCUUUUCCAUUUUUCUUUCACAACCCGUGCCCCCUGUUUGUCUUGAAUCUGCCUGUGGAUGUGAAGGAGAAGGAAGCUUCAGUUCUGGAAAGAGUGUAAUCUAGAGCAAACUAGAGUAUAACAAAAACUCCUCUGUCUGUAAUGGGAAAUAGGGUUCCUCUUUCGGUGCUUCUGGUUUUGGUAACAGUUUUACUUUCAAUCUUUCACUCGGAGCAACUGCAAUCCUCUCACUCGCAGACCUUCCUAAGAAUUCAACGGCUAUUGAACUUUCCAGCUGUUUUAAGCAGCUGGAACAACAACACAGACUUUUGCAGCACAGAUUCAACAUCUUCUCUCACUGUUGCUUGCUAUGAUGGCACCAUAACCCAGCUGCACAUUGUUGGUGAAACAAGAUCUCCACUUCUCGCUAGAAAUUUCUCAAUAAAUUCCUUUUUCACAACACUGGUUAGGCUUCCCAGUCUGAAAGUCCUCACUUUGGUUUCUCUUGGCAUAUGGGGUCCAUUGCCUGGUAAGAUUUCUCAUUUGUCAUCACUGGAAAUUUUCAAUGCGAGUUCAAAUUUCUUAUAUGGUUCCAUCCCUCAAGAGCUCUCGUUACUGUCACAUCUCCAAACACUCAUUCUAGAUCACAACAUGUUUUCUGGCCAUCUUCCUGAAUGGUUUGAUUCCUUUCCAGCCUUAACUGUGUUAAGUUUGAAACACAACUUGUUCAAUGGUUCACUUCCGGAUUCACUGGGUAGCUUGGAGAAUAUGAGAAUUCUUUCACUUUCUCAUAACCACUUUUAUGGACCAGUGCCUGAUCUGCACCGUUUGACGAAUCUCCAAGUGCUGGAAUUGGAUGAUAAUGGUUUUGGACCCCGGUUUCCCCAGCUUGGUGACAAACUAGUUACUCUAGUACUAAGAAACAACAAGUUCAGGUCCAGCAUCCCUGAUGAAAUGAGCUCAUGUUAUCAACUUGAGAGACUUGACAUCUCAGCAAACACAUUUGUUGGACCGUUUCAACUAGCACUAAUGUCACUGCCUUCUAUUACUUAUCUCAACAUUUCUGGGAACAAAUUAACAGGAAUGCUUUUGGAGAAUCUGUCUUGCAAUUCUGGACUUCAAGCAGUGGAUUUGUCCUCAAAUCUUUUGACUGGGAUCUUACCAAAAUGUUUAAUGUCAAAUGCCAAUGAUAGGACUGUCUUGUAUGCCAGAAAUUGUCUAGAAGAGACAAAUCAAAAUCAGCAUGCACUACCCUUUUGCCACACUGAAGCCAUAGCUGUGGGAGUAGUACCUGAGGGAAAGAAGCACAAACCAGUAUCUAAGGCAGUUCUCUCCCUUGGGAUAGUAUGUGGAACUUUUGGAGGAGUAUCAAUUAUUGCACUGCUUUUUUUUAUUAUCAGAAGAAGAAAUGUCAAAACAAAAACCAAGGAUCCUCCUCCAACAAAAUUAAUAUCUGAGAACGCAGCUUCUGGAUAUACCUCUAAGUUACUCUCUGAUGCAAGGUAUAUAUCUCAAACAAUGAAGUUUGGAACAGUUGAUCUGCCUCCUUAUCGAGCUUUCUCACUGGAUGAGAUUGUAGCAGCUACAAACAACUUUGACUCGGCUUGUUUUAUGGGUGAAGGUUCUCAGGGAAAGAUGCACAGAGGUCAACUAAAGGAUGGUUUACUUGUUGCCAUUAGAAGUGUAAAAAUCACCAAAAGCUUCAGCACUCAAGAUUUUGUGCAUAACAUAGAGCAGAUAUUCAAAUACAGACAUCGUCAUUUAGUCAGUGUUCUUGGACACUGCUUUGAAUGUUAUUUGGACGAUUCAAGUGUCAGCAGCAUAUUUAUUGUGUUUGAGUAUGUUCCUAAUGGCACACUCAAGAGCUGGAUUUCAGAUAGGCACUACAGAAAAUCACUGACAUGGACGCAACGCAUAGAAGCUGCUAUUGGAGUAGCAAAAGGCAUCCAAUAUUUGCAUGCAGGAAUUGUUCCUGGUGUAUAUUCAAACAAUCUCAAAAUCACAGAUGUUUUACUUGACCAAAAUUUUGUUGCAAAAAUCAAAAUUUAUGACCUGCCUUUGUUAUCUCUCAUGAGGAAGGUUGGACAAGGUAAUCCUUCUAGAGAACUCAAAAGUCCUAGCACUAACAAAAAUGUAAAACAGGAAGACGAGUCUGAUGUAUAUGACUUUGGAGUAAUCCUGCUGGAACUCAUUCUAGGAAGGACAAUAAAAUCAAGGAAUGUGGACACUUUAAAGGAUCUGUUGCAAGCAAGCAUAACAGCUGAUGGUGAAGCUAGGAGGAGCAUUAUAGAUCCAGCAGUUCGCAAGGUGUGCUUAGAUCAAUCGUUGAAGACAAUGAUGGAAAUUUGUGUGAGGUGCCUAGUCAAAGAACCAGCAGAGAGACCCUCUAAUGAGGAUGUUUUGUGGAAUCUGCAAUUUGCAGCUCAAGUCCAAGAUGCAUGGGUAGGAGACUCUCAAAGUGGCAGUGAUGACUCACCCAUCUCACCUCUAGCAUCUAUACGAAUGACCUUCCAUUAGUGUCAAUACAAAGGUUUUCACUUUUUUGGUUUUGAUAUGUGUGCCUCAAAUGUUCAUUUUAGUUCUUUGCACAAGAUGAGUUUGGAGUUUACAGUUUACAGUUUACCGUUUACCGUUUGCAGUGUACAACAUCAAAAUAGUGUAAGUUCUUGUUGUAACAAUUUUUCCCUAAAAUAAGCUUCUAAAACCAAAAAUGAAAAAUU